GCCGUACUCCAAACAGCUCCACAGAACCGCCCCUCCAGCAGCACCUCUCUCUUUUCCCCGGGGGAUUGAGUUUAACAAAACCCCACCCCUUGAGCAUACCUCUUCCGGUUCCUCCACGAUGCACUCGACACUCGUGCGCCUUCAGAAUGUCUUCGGCUUCUUCACAACAGUCGCGUUCACCGUAGCAGCCGUGAUCGCGCUGAGCAGCUUCAUCAGCCCGCAGAGCCCUAGCGCAAAGAUCGAAGUGCGAAACGUGCAGGUCGUCAGGGGCCGACCGCACUACUACAGCUACAAGAAAGAAGAGUAUGCCCAUGUGCGGUUUGAUUUGGAUGCCGACCUCCACACCCUCUUCAACUGGAACACCAAGCAAAUCUUCCUCUACCUAAAAGCGACCUACCCCUCCCUCUCCCCGGACGAACCCCCCUCCGAGGCAAUAAUCUGGGACGCAAUCCUCGCCUCCACAUCCGCCCCCUGGCACCAAAACCACUACAUCCACCCCACGGCCCCAAACGCCAACAAGAAGAAAUCCGUCCUCCCCAAGAUCUCUAAAAAAGCCGCCGCGGCAGGAAAAAAGCCGAAAUCUACCCCAGAAACGGCGAAGAAGGAUAUCGGCACCCUGCACCUCGCGAACCAGCGCCCCAAGUACCAGAUCACGGAUCUGACGGGCCGGCUGCAGAAUAGGACGGAUGUGGUGCUGGAGUUGGGCUGGAAUGUGCAGCCGUGGGUGGGUGCGUUGACGUGGACGAAUUGGCAGACGUUGGGGGCGUGGAAGGGGUUGGAGGGGGGCAGGAGCGAGGCGUUUGGGUUCCCGGAGAUUGGGGGCAAGGUCAAGAGUAAGAAGGAUUUGGAGACGGAGAGGGGCGGGGAGGGGUAUCGGUUGGAGGUUGGGGGGGAGCAGCCGAGGAGGAAGGCUACGUGAGGAGUUGUUUAUGUGAGGGGAUGGGCGAAGGACUGGCGAUGGGCUUGUUGCUUAUCGUCGGACUUGGUCUCACGCACGCGAUGCAUGUAUAUCAAGACAGAAGUAUGUAUAAGUCAAGGGAUGUAUUUAUUAUUUCUCCUCCUUGGUAACACUACCUACAUAACAGCAAACUAGCUAGACUAAAGGUAUCGCCCAU